AGUCCAUUCAUUUGAAAUAAAAACUUUAUUAUUCAUGUUUAGUUUGAACAGAAAUGAUUUAAACUGUGAAACUUGAAACCAGCUGCUUUAAAGAGCAAACAGCUGAAAACUGCUGGAGACUUUUAUUGUGAAARGCCCGCACCGGAAGCAGUGAUAAACCUCAGACCAGAUCCACGUCAGUCCCAGAGCAGACCGGACCGGAGACACACGGAACAUGGCGGACGAGGCCACGCGCAGGACCGUGUCGCAGAUCCCGCUGCUGAAGACGCACGCGGGGCCGCGGGAGCGCGCGCUGUGGCCGCAGCGGCUGAAGGAGGAGUACCAGGCCCUGAUCCGGUUCGUGGAGCAGAACAAGGCCGCCGAUAACGACUGGUUCCGUCUGGAGUCCAACGCGGAGGGCACGCGCUGGACCGGGACGUGUUGGUUCGUGCACGAGCUGCUGCGCUACGAGUUCCGGGUGGAGUUCGACAUCCCGGUCACGUACCCGGACACCGCGCCCGAGGUGGCGGUACCGGAGCUGGACGGGAAGACGGCCAAGAUGUUCCGAGGCGGGAAGAUCUGCCUCACCGAACACUUCGCGCCGCUGUGGGCGCGCAACGUGCCGCGCUUCGGGCUCGCGCACCUCAUGGCGCUCGGGCUCGCGCCGUGGCUCGCGGUGGAGGUUCCGGACCUGAUCGGUAAAGGGCUUGUGGUCCACAAGGACCGGCCGCGCGAGGCGGCGGAGUGACGUCACCAAGCYGAUGUGUCAGACUGUACUUGUGUCUGUGGUUGAUGACGUCACUGAGAAGCGACUGAUGUGAAAACUAAUAAAAGAGUUCUGAAAACAAA